UCAGUACUCCUUAAUAGCCUUACCUUCUCCAAGAAGCUAAUGCUCUAACCUAUUAUCUAUGCUUCGUUGUACUUCUUUCUCCAACUUUCUUAUCCUCUCCACCGGUCCGGAAACAAUCUUCUUCUCACCGAACCCUUCGCUCUUCAUGAUGCUACCACUCAUACCUUCAUCCCACGCUAUUAUUCUUCCCCGUUUCUUUUAUGCCACUCCGCAGUUCCUGAUGAAGCCUUCUUUGUACAAAUUUCGAACUCCCGCUACGCCAAAAUGACAUUUUGACUCCUAAUCUGUGAAGUCAUCUUCUAUUUGAUUUUUUAGUUACCUCCUCACCAUCAUCGAUUCGCUUCUGAGGUAGUUUUUUUAAUUUCUCUGUUCUCAAAACCAAUACUGAUGGCUUCCUCUACUCCUCCAUACUCCAUAAACACUUCGAAACCCCACCAAAGCCCUCAUCCAAAUCCCAAGAGCCAUCUCCAUAAGCAACAAAAGAGACCCCAUAGGCUUCAGUCCUCUCCUUCUAUGCUUAGUAGCUCUUCCUAUAAUAGUGCUAGCUCUGCCCAUGGUAAAUUCCUGACACCUUCCUCUUCCACUAGUCUACAAAGUCAUCAUCUUUCUCUGCCUUUGCUUGGCCCGGAAUUCCGACGAAGCCGAACUACCAAAGUUAUCUCAAAGAGAAAUCUUUCUUCUCCAAGGACCUACUUUUCUCAAACCCGCAGCGCAUCUGCUGCAGCUGUGGACAUCACUGCCAGGCUUCUCUGUUCAAGCCUGGAUGAUAUCCAGGGUCUCAAAGGUAUCCUUGGCUCAUUCCAACAUAAGCUUAAAAUCCCUGAAGAUUACUGUUUUGUGCUCCACGAGCUUGGUAAUAGGGAUAAAUGCCCCCCAAAGGCGCUUGCUUUCUUCCAUGCUUCAAUACCUUUGAUGCGAAAUUCCACAGAGAAAGGCAAGCUCCUCACCGCUGUCAUUGGAAUCCUUGGCAAGUUGGGUAGGCAUGAUCUUGCAAGGCAGGUUUUUGAUUUUGGUUUAUCCCAAGGUUUUGGCAACACAGUCUAUGCUUAUUCUGCACUUAUCUCAGCUUAUGCUCGGAAUGGGCUGUCCUCUGAGGCUAUGUCAGUUUUUUCUUUGAUGAAGGCAUCGGGUGUUAGACCAAAUAAUAUUUCAUAUAAUGCUGUGAUUGAUGCAUGUGGGAAAGGAGGUGUAGACCUUGAAAUCACUGUUGGAUUCUUUCGAGAGAUGCUUCAAAAUGGAAUUUGUCCUGAUAGGAAGACAUUCAAUUCUCUUCUCGCCGGUUGCAGCCAUGCUGGACGGCUUGAGGAUGCACGCAUUCUGUUUGAUGAAAUGAUUGAUCUCGGUAUUGGUCGAGAUAUCUACACUUACAACACGUUCAUCGAUGUGCUUUGCAAGGGUGGGAAUAUGAAAUUUGCCGUUGAGGUUAUUCCCGACAUGCUAAGCAGUUAUAUCCAGCCAAAUGUUGUUACUUACAGCACCCUGAUGGAUGGAUAUGCCAAGUUGGAGAGACAUGACGAAGCCCUUAAUUUAUAUAUGGAGAUGAAGUCUAUGGGUAUUCAAUUGGAUCGGGUGUGUUACAAUACAUUGCUUUCUAUCUAUGUGAAAUCUGGAAGGUAUGAGGAUAUUACAAGAGUUUGUGAGGAGAUGGAAGUUAUAGGUAUAGAUAAGGACAUAAUUACUUACAAUUCUUUGAUAACUGGGUAUGGGAAGCAAGGGAGAUUUGAUAUUGUAAGUUAUUUGAUUCGGGAUAUGAGGGAGAAGGGGGUUGCCUCAAAUGUAUUAACUUACUCAACUUUAAUGGAUAUCUAUUCAAAGGCUGGUAUGUAUGAAGAUGCUGCUAAUGUGUUCUUUGACUUCAAGGAAUCUGGGUUGAAAGCUGAUGUAGUUUUAUACAGCUCUUUUAUAGAUGUGCUGGCUAAGAAUGGCUUGGUGAAGUGUGCAGUGUGGUUGCUUGAUGAGAUGCAACAGAUUGGCAUUGAACCAAAUGUAGUAACUUAUAAUACCAUUAUUGAUGGUUUUGGAAAGUCGAGGUUUUUUGUUGAGGGGGGUAUUGGGAAUGGGAUGGCAGGAGGUAAGGCAAAUUGCAAUCAAAUUGUUAGGAUCUUUGGAAAUCUGACCAAAGAUAUUAUUCAGCCUAUGGUGGAUGUAGCAACGAAGAAAUCUGAGGACUUGUUCUGCAUUUUGGGAUUGUUUCAGAGGAUGAUACAACAACGAGUGAAGCCUAAUGUUGUGACAUUCUCUGCCAUAUUGAACGCUUGCAGUCGUUGUGAUUCCUUCGAAGAUGCAUCCUUAUUGCUAGAGCAACUUCGGUUGUUUGACAGUUUUGUUUAUGGAGUUGCAUUUGGGCUUUUGAUGGGUUGCAGAGAUGCUUGGCUUCGUGCUCAAUCACUUUUUGAUGAAGUAAGGUGCAUGGAUAAUUCUACUUCAUCUGCCUUCUACAAUGCUCUUACUGAUAUGCUUUGGCAUUACGGACAGAGGCGAGGAGCUCAGCAGGUUGUGCUUGAAGGUGUCCAGCGGCAAGUGUGGGAGAACACAUGGAAUGAGUUUACAUUGGAUCUGCAUCUCAUGUCAUCUGGUGCUGCGCAAGCUAUGGUUCAUUCAUGGCUUCUUAGCAUGAGCGCUAUUAUAUCCAAAGGACAAAAACUGCCACAAGUUGUUAGCAUUCUUACUGGUUGGGGAAAGCACAGCAAAGUGACAGGUGCUAGCCCUCUUCGUCGUGUCAUCCAAACCCUUCUCAACUCCAUUGGUGCUCCCUUUCAUCUGGAACGAUUCAACAUUGGCCGAUUUGUGUCUCCUGGCGCCAUUGCAUCUGCUUGGUUGAGGGAAUCUGGCACAAUCACCCUUCUCCUCCUCCAUGAUGAGAGAUCACAACCAUCAAGCCCCCUAACCUUGUUGCCAAGUCUGCAAGCAUUGCAACUAUGAGAUGAUUGCAACUUGUAAUUCCAGGCAUUAAUAUAGACUUUUGAAGAAAUAGAUUAUUAUGGAUUUGUUUGAAGCAGUUGUUGAUUGCCUGAUUAACUUUAUCCAUUUUUAUUUUCCUCCA